CUAUUCUUCGUUGGCAUUUAACAGCCUCUGUUGGACAAUGUCAAAAUGAUGGAUAAAUAGAGGUAGAGGGAAGGAAUUUGGGGGGGCAAACGAGAAAUACACGGACGGAGUACCCAAUUUCUCACUCCUCCAGAACAAGGAAGUACCCCAAUUCUCAAAUUCCAUUUCUCCCUCUAAAACCCACACCAUCCCCAUCUGGGUUCUUGUAUUCGGUCCUGUAAUGGCAGAUUUUCUACCUCUUGUAAGACGUUCGUAUCUCACAGUCUACAACUGGACCGUCUUCAUCGGAUGGUUUCAAGUGCUAUAUCUUGCUUUGAAAACUCUGAAGGACUCAGGCCACGGAUAUGUCUACCAUGCUACCGAAAAGCCUCUUCUUCUUGCUCAAUCUACAGCCGUAUUGGAGGUCUGAACUCUAUACUCCACGGUCUUUUAGGUUUAGUAAGGUCUCCAAUCACAGCAACAGUGCCACAAAUAAGUUCAAGGUUGUUUGUAACUUGGGGUGUCUUAUGGAGCUUCCCCGAGACUCGGACUCACUUACUUGUUAGCCUUUUGGUUAUAAGCUGGUCCAUCACAGAGAUCAUCCGGUAUUCUUUCUUUGGCACAAAGGAGGCUUUUGGCUUUGCGCCUUCCUGGAUCAUGUGGCUUAGGUAUAGCACUUUUUUGUUCUUGUAUCCAAUCGGCAUUUCUAGUGAAGUUGGUUUAAUUUAUUUUGCCCUGCCUUACAUUAAGGAAUCAGGAAAAUAUUCGAUGCGGAUGCCUAACAAAUUGAAUUUCUCUUUGGAUUCCUUCUAUAUUGCAAUUCUUGUCCUCGGAAUCUACUUCCCAGGCAGCUCUCACAUGUACACAUAUAUGAUCGGACAAAGAACUAGAGCUCUCUCAAAAUUAAAGAAGGUGUAGAAUGGAGGCAUACAUUCUCUAAGCCGCGGUUUCGGGUUUUCAUUCGUGUAGCAGACUAGCAAUGUAAAUAAAGAUUUAAACAAACAAUUUCAACCAAAUCUUUCGAUUUCUUAUCGUACUAUGUUGAAUCCUAUGUAUUCCUCUACCCGUGAAGCACGCUGAGUGUAUUGAAAUGCUAUAAUGAAAUUUCACUUAUUCGCAUUA